GGGGCCAUUGAAUUUGGAGAAGAAUCUGUGGACCGCUCAGGCGUUUAACGAGGACACCUCAUUGGGUCCUUUCUCGCUGCCUUCGCGAGCGGGAGGCUGUCCUUACCGGCUCCGGGCCGAGACGGCCGAGGUUCCGCUUGUUCACCGAUACGUGAUUUUCUGCUGUUUCUUGGCAAAAAUGGCAGCCAGUGAUGCUGUUCUCAAGAGACUGGAACAGAAGGGUGCCGAGGCAGAUCAAAUAAUUGAAUAUCUUAAGCAGCAGGUUGCUCUUCUUAAGGAGAAAGCAAUUUUGCAGGCAACUUUGAGAGAAGAGAAGAAACUUCGAGUUGAAAAUGCUAAAUUGAAGAAAGAAAUUGAAGAAUUGAAACAAGAGCUAAUUAAGGCAGAAAUUCAAAAUGGAGUAAAACAGAUACCAUUCCCAUCUGGUAUUCCACUGCAAGCUGAUUCUGCGGUUUCUGAAAAUGUGAUACAGUCUAUACCAAUAACAACCAUAUCUUCUGGUGCCAAAGAGCAGAUAAAAGGAGGAGGAGGAGAAGAAGAAAAGAAGAUGAAAGAGAAAAUUGAAAAGAAAGGAGAGAAAAAGGAGAAGAAACAACAGCCAGCAGGAGGAAGUGCUGACUCUAAGCCUAUUGAUGUAUCCUGUCUGGAUCUUCGAAUUGGUUGUAUCAUCACUGCCAGAAAACACCCUGAUGCAGAUUCUUUGUAUAUAGAAGAGGUAGAUGUUGGAGAAACAGUCUUAAGAACAGUUGUCAGUGGCCUGGUGAAUCAUGUUCCUCUUGAACAGAUGCAAAAUCGGAUGGUGAUUUUACUUUGUAACCUGAAACCUGCAAAGAUGAGGGGAGUAGUAUCUCAGGCAAUGGUGAUGUGUGCUAGUUCACCAGAGAAAGUUGAAAUCUUGGCACCUCCUGAUGGGUCUGUUCCUGGAGACAGAAUUACCUUUGAUGGUUUCCCUGGAGAGCCUGACAAGGAGCUGAAUCCUAAGAAGAAGAUUUGGGAGCAGAUCCAGCCCGACCUUUACACUAACGACGAAUGCGUGGCUACAUACAGAGGAGCUGCCUUUGAGGUGAAAGGGAAGGGCGUCUGUAGGGCUCAAACUAUGGCCAACAGUGGAAUAAAAUGAGAUCAAACACUUCGGUUACUGAAAUGCAUUAGAGAGAAGUUAACAAUAAAAGGAAAUAUAUUUGUCACUUGUACCUAAA